CAGAAAUUUGAGGGACACACCGAUUGGAUUGAGGCCGUCAUACAUCUGCCAGACGGAGAGCGCAUGAUGACUUGUUCAAGGGACGGCUCGCUGCGGGUAUGGAACUUGAAGAGUGGAAAACAGAUAGGAAACGACUGGCGGGACGGAAAGAGUGAAGUAUUCACCAUGGCGUUGUCUCCGGACGGGAAGAAAGUGGUUAGCGGGAGUAAGGAUGGCGAAGUGAGGUUGUGGGACAUCGAGACAGGCAAAGUCGUCGCGAAAUGGAUGGGGCACACAGACGGAGUGACGUCUGUCUGCUGGAGUCGAGAUGGCCGGGGAGUCUUGAGCGGAUCUGACGAUGGGACUGCAAAGCAGUGGGAUGUAAAGAGCGGAAAGACGAUCCUCACACCAAUCGAGACAGGGCACCCUGCGCUCACAGUCGUCUACUCGCCAGACAUGACCAUGUUUGCGACUGGCGGAUACGAACAGCCUUGGGACACUGGAAACAAAUACCAUGUCAAAAUCUGGAAUUUGAAGACAGGUGAGCUUGUCGCCACUCUCAAAGGACAUACAGAAGAAGUGUUUUUCCUGGUUUGGCCCGAGGCCCCGGACGGAAAAACGCUUAUAUCUGGGUCAUACGAUCAGUCGAUUAGGACAUGGGAUACGACAACUUGGAAACAGAUUGCAGUGCUGGAAGGGCACACCGAGGGUGUCUUUGCCAUUGCAAUAUCUCCAAAUGGCCGCAUCCUCGCAAGUGCAUCGGAAGAUAAGACGGCGCGAUUGUGGAACCUCAGCAACAACCAGCCCAUCAGUUCACCCCUCCAGCAUCAACCUCUCGUGAAAUCUGUGUCGUUUUCGGUAGAUGGAAAGCUACUAGCCACUGGCUGU